AUGUCCCCGACGCUCUGCUCACAGGGCGCCGUCGUCGCCACCGCCAUGGCCGUCUCCGGCACAUUCAUCCUCCUCGCCCUCCGCCUCCAGAAAUCCAUCCCCGCCGCCGCUCAAUUCCCCGUCCAACACCAAAAUCGCCGGCCAAUCGUUCUCCACCAGUCGCGAUCUCUGCGAUCCUGCAUCUCCUCCGACGGGAAGAAGAGUAAGAAGAAGAAGAACAAGAAGGUUCGCUUCGCGGACGACGUGGUGGAGCCGAGGGGGAACGGAGAUGAGUUCAGGAAGCACUGCGAGGCCAUUGCCGCCGCCAAGAUGAACGUCUCGUCGGAAUCUUCGUCUUCGUCGUCGCCGCCGGCGCGGGAGAGGGGAAUGCCGGAGAACAGACGGGCGCUCUACUCCGCGAUCCUGAGGGAUCGAGGGGUUCAACGAUUGACUUACUCUUGCUGA